AUGUUCAUUUCUAAACUAGAAGUCGAUGGCCUUAAAGAAAACACGGGACGACUGAAGGAAGCCGUUUGGACGAGUGAUAGGGAUGCCGUCGAGUGUCACCAGUGCUCCAAACAAUUUUCGGUCGCGCGAAGAAGGCAUCACUGCCGCAGUUGUGGGGAAAUAUUUUGCGGCAAUUGUUCCAACAAUGAAAUGCCUCUUCCGUCCAAUAAAAAGCCGGUUAGAGUUUGCGACUCGUGUCACGCCUACCUAUUGGAACGGUAUUCCGCCACUUAAAAGCACACAAUUAUUUAUUUUUAUUACGUUAUAUACAGUACAAUACACACACAUGCAUUCAAACUAUUUUUAAAGAUAUUUUUCUAUUAUAUUAAUAGCAUGUUUAUCAAUGAUAUCUAUAUUGUAAUCAAAC